CCCCCCAAGUUCUGAAAACAAAAUCCUUCACUUCAAAAUUUCGCUUUCCUUCACUUCAAAUGCCGCCGGCGAUGCCUCCCCUCAAGCUCCCUUUCCUAUGCUCAAGUCCACCAUCAUUGGCGCCGCUUCCACCUCUCUUUCUGCUCAUAAGAAGACCAAGGGUCGUGGCAUCCGUGAGGGCGAUGCUGACCGCCACUCCCUUCUCGCCUCCCGCGACUUUGAGUCCCUCGGCAUUGACGGCGGCCCCGAUCCCCAGAGAUAGGUUCGGUGUCAAGCAAAAGGAGAAGAUUGCAUCUUUUAAGACUUCAGUUGAUGUUCUUACUCUCUCUGCAACACCUAUACCCAGAACGCUUUAUUUAGCUUUGACUGGUUUCCGUGAUGCCAAGUAAUAUUUGUCAAAAAAUCUAAAUUGAAGCUUCUUUGGUGCUGGACUGAAUCAUAGAUUCAGAUAUCCUGUUAAGUUUGGUUAUUGUGAUGCCUUGGUGGAAAAAGGGUUUGAGUAUCAACCAUGUCAUUGACGUUUGUAAGCUUAGGCAACAAGUUUUAUUUGAAAAGUUGUAAUACCUUUUACAUGCAUUGUAGAUGCUAUGAGUGCCAAGACUCACCUUGCACAUUUUUGUAGAAACAUGAAUCAAGGUAUUUGGAGGAAUGCAUUAGGAAAUGGGAACUUUGUCAUUACUGUAGAACAAUAUAAGCUGACAUGCAUAUACUAACUCUACUAGUUUGACUAUUUAUCCGUCUAUUUAGUUUCGAACAUUUUUUUCCGGUAAGUUGGUUCUUGCUUUUUCUGUAAAAAUUAAAUCUUUGUCCGUUUUCCUUUUACCUUUGUGGAAGCUAAGGGUAGAAUU